UCUUCAUAGCAAGCUUGAAACUUUUCAAAAUGAGGUUGUUCAGAGGAGUAGUAAUUUUAACCAACUAUGUUGUCUUUCUUGCUAUCACUACAAACACUUGCACUAGAGUUGCAACUGCCCAGUUUCAGAACACAGAUGAGCAGGUGAUGAGAAAUUGUAGCUAUUUGGUGAGCAUAGAAACAACAUGCACAAAGGGCGCAGAAACCUCAGACCACGUCAGUCUUAGGUUUGGAGAUGCCAAAUCCAAUGAAAUAUUGGUGCACAAUCUCAACUCCAAGCAUGCAAGUCGGGUCGACCCGCUGGACCCCCAACUUCUUGAUGAUCUCCCCCGGAAACCAUUCCAGGCGUGCAUGGUCGAUCAGUUCCGGGUCGAAGGCCAAUGCGUCGACUCACCCAUAUGCUACCUUUAUCUUAAAUUGGCCGGAGCCGACGACUGGAGACCCGCAUCCGCCCUGGUCCGGGUCCUGGACCCCCUGAGGUCUCACUUGAGCUCGGGUAGUUUCUACUUUCGACGGUAUUUGCCCCGGCGGGUGUGGCAUGGAUCCGAAUAUUGUGACCCGGAAAUAACCCCCUUCGGCCUAAGGUACAGGAGGAAAAGCUUUGCUAAUAGGUCUCCCAAACUCUGAGACAUAAGCUAAUUAGUUAGUGUUUAUUGAUUUACUAAAUUAAUUUUUAAUAAGUCAGUGGUAUAUUUAUAAAUUUUUAAAAAUUUAUGGUGA